UAGAUAGAUAGCUGGUUAGUCAGAGAUUAUAAUUAACAAGAAUAGAAAGGUGGUGAUCUUUUGGGAUUCCUGACUUGUAAUUUCCUUGUUAAAAUUCAGCAUUAACUGUCACCGGCUGUCAUCUCAAACUAUCACCACGCCGCGGCGCUACGUCACAAUCACGGCAGAAUUAUACAAGGGUGCCGAAAAUAUAAGACACAUGGAGCAUGUCGUAAACUGGAUCACGGGAACCAACUACAACUCAUUGACCAUGCCCUGCCCUGGGAAGCUCGCGCUGCUGUUCUGUUACGUGGUGACUUGUGUGUGUUGGGUGGCGGCUUUCCCGUUCUAUGCCACCCAUAAACUUCCCUCAUCUAACGUCCCCGUGAACUGUGGGCGGAAUCAGACAGUUUUCAUGGUGACCGGGCUGGGUCAUAGGUUGUGUGGGGAGGAUUACUUCAUCACCAAAAAGGACAACAUGACACAGUUCGGAAAAGAUUUCAAGAUCUACAUGGACGACUGGCCCACGUUGUGUAGGAUGGACUCCGACAACGAUAAUCGGACUAAUGGGGAGGAGCUGGGGGACCCGGAUUGUGACUGGAUAAACAAGGACGACAGGAUAGCGGUCAGCCACCCAGGAUAUGCUGAAGAAGUGGUAAUAGACGAAAAUGGUAAUUCCACUUACGUCAUAGUGGACCAAGAGGAGGCGUGCCAGACGCCGGACAGAGUCACGUGUUCCCGGUACGUCAUAGGACAGGGACUAAUCCACAAACGAUAGCACGUGACCGUGGUCAGGAGCACGUGACCCGACGGGUGGGCCCCCUAAGUCUUUACAGCAUAGGACUGUGACGUUGAUGUGAAUUCAACAGUUGGAUUAGGAUUUUAAUAACCGUCGUCACGUCAUUUUUGAUUUAUGCAUUUAAUUGACGGAUCGGAUUUGUCACUUUGAAGAAAAACCUGUGGUGUUCUUUGAGUGGAAUAUAAGCUCGCCCGGACACUGGGGUGUAAUUGUGAUAUUUACUGUGAAGUGAUUUGUAUUUAUGCUUCUUUUGUAUUCGUUUAAGCUUUAUAGUAACCUUAAUUGUUAAUCAUAAACUAUUGAUAAUUCUAAAAGGUGUCGUGUCUAAAUUUUAUCGGCCAGUGGUAUUUUUGACAGAUGACACAAUUUCACAAUGCCUCCAUGUUUCAUAUUCAUUAUUCUUCUAGAUUUACACUAAUCAAAU